GGCCCCAACUUGAACUUAGCCGCAUCCUCUUUAGCUCUUUAGCCUGAUUUUGCCUACUCCUUCGGGUCGCAAUCUGGAUGGCACAAAUAGCCACACUAUCUAGGGGAAAAUGUGUCAACAUCAUUUAUAUGCAGUACAGGGGUGAUCGUGCAAAAGCCUUGUCGGCUGCAGCUGGAGACAAGUUGGCCCCCAAGGUGUUCACGGACGUGAUUGACGACUUCAAGAGUUUGCGAUACCUUCCUGCCUAUCCAGAAAUCGAAUACAAAAUCGGCAGCCUUACAGCUUCAUGGACUGUUGAGGGUAGUAGUGAGGCUCAGACAUCUUUCAACACCUUGGUAAACGACAUGAGCGAUGAUUACCUUCGAACGGUUAUGUUGAACCGGAGCAUUGCCAUGAUAUCAAUGAGAACUAAUGGUGUCAGUGUCCGUCACAUAUAUUCGGGAAAGAGUAACCGUGGCGCAAAGGUCGUUAUUAACAAGAAAGCUCCGAACGACAACCAACCAACUGUUCAAGCUGCUCAGGCUAAGCUGAAUAAGAGCCCCAUCAAGCUUCAGGGAUCAUUCUCCAGAGAAUCUGAUGCUCGUCUUGGCACUUCACCUGGAUCGUCGUUAAGCAAUGAGAAGGUCGCAGGGAAACCUACAAACGCUGCAUUACCGCAAGUUGUACGUCUGACGCAAUUUCAGCCGAACACUUCUGUGGGAACACUUGAAACACCUGUCGACGAUACUGCGAUGACGCCUUCAACGUCCAAACCACGAGACGAUGUCGUCGCUGGGACUAAAAGAUCGUACGGUGGCUCCACCUUUGUGGAAGGCAAGAUGGUCGAACGACUGGCUGAACACACUGAGGGUUCUGAAUCGACUCCGCACCCAUCAAAACGCCAAAAAGUGGAUAUCAUUUCUGGUACAGCUCAGAGGGAUUCCGUUAUGAUCGCCGUAUCCGACGUCUAUAGUCGCCGUCCUAUUCCAGAAUCCGAGCCAGUAUCCUCUGCUGUAGCUAGGCCAUCAACGUCAAAGCUGCAGUCCGACGAUAGCGGAACGGGGAAAGAGGGGGACCUGUAUACUUCUUUGCCUGCUAAGAACGGUUCACUGGAGGACGGAGCAAAGCCUUUUAUAGACAGAGGUCACCAGCGAACAAAAAUGGGAGAGUCAGAAAGCCGCGACAGGGCCCCACAAGUGUUGGUGAACGAGAGCAGCACACUUGCUUGUGCCAGUACCACGAACACAGAACAUCAAGAGUUUGAGAACAACCGAGAGGGCAGUAGGAUGGAAGCAGAUGGCGACCUUGCUCGCAAAUUGGUUGACUUGCAAAGUGCGCUCGAUAACGAACGUCGAGAACGUACAAGACUGCAAGCACGGUUAGAGGAGGCGCGGCAACUGGAGGCCGAGUUGUUGAAGACCAUCGACGACCUCAAGCGCGAACGUAAGGAUCCUAUCGUGGUUUCUGCCGUCAUGGAUGCCUUCAUACGGAUUUCGAAUUUGACGAACAAGUUGGGCACUGACGUCCUCACCCAAUAGCCAAGGUUUCUCAAAUAAAUUAUGUACAGACCGUCCCAUUGAACUUUAUGAACUAUAGUAGUGUAGGUCUGUUUGC